GUGAGUUCAGACUUGGAGACGUCUUAUGAAGCAGAAUCAUUUCCUGCUUCUUCAUUUGCUCUGAAAAAGCUAAACUUCUACUGGAAGCCAUCCUGACACGAAACUUUAAGACUUUAGAAAACCAGGCAGAGAUGGACACAGACGACGCUCUUCGUGUGAUGGCUUGGUUCAACAUCAGCACCUGCUUUCCUUUGGCCCUAGUGGUUAUCUGCUGUUUGUGUUAUAAGGCACGAAGGGAUCACGUUCCUGUCUACUACAUAAACCUCAUCAUCUCCGAUCUAAUCCAGCUCAGCACCAUGAUUGUUUGGGUGACGAAGAAAAAUCAUGAUAUGGUCCAAUAUUCAUGUGUUGUUGUCUACAUCUUUAGUGUGAUGACCAGUCUUGGUUUCAGGAUGUGCAUUGCUCUGGAGAGGUAUUUUGUUAUCGUCUGCCCACAGUUACCCUGCAUCAGACAAAUAAAAGGUUCUGUGUGGGUGUGUGUCGCAGUCUGGGGGAUUUUUCUUGUCACAGUCCCUCUUCCUGUAUACUUUGAACAGGAUUUAUUUGUGUAUACUUUGGCCAUCCUCCCUGCCCCCGUCUUCAUCAUCUGUCUAGCUGGGACCCUCAAAUCUGUGCUGCAGACUCCACCUGCAGCCGCCUCAGUGCCUGCUGAGGAAAAACGAAGAAUUCUAGGAAUUCUGGUCCUGCUGUUGCUUAGUUACAUUCUGACGAUUCUCCCAGCUGCCAUCAUGAGUAUAAUAAGAGUUACAUCACAUUAUUUUUAUUAUAAUAAAAUCAUAGUGAUGAUUUCUUUCAUCUUGAUUCUGCUCAGUCCUUUUCUGGACCUGAUUCUGUUUGUAUUUCUGUACAAAGGGCCCAUUGACAAGCUGCUGAUGCGUCUGUGCUGCUGCAGGAUGCAGGAUGCUGCAGCUGGAGAUGGCAGCACACCAUCAGUGUGAAUGGUGGGAACUAAAAACAGUUAACAGCUAAGAUAAAGAGGGCCGAAGAAACUAAUGAAAGAGAAUCUGUUAAGUUUUGAGUUAUUUAGUCCUUGAGGGAGAAAAUUAUUCCAUGAUAUGAAACAGAAAUUGAGACCUUUUUAGUUUGACAAGUAUUCUUAAGCUAAAUGUGAGGUAAUCUAUUUAACAGCUAAAGUUUGGCUGAAACUGCUUCAUGCAACAAGACAACGAUCCCAAACACAGCAAAGCUGCAGUAAUUUUAAUUAAAAGUUUGUGGGCGUAAACCUGCCUGAGCCAUCUCUGCCUCUCGGUUUGGCUAUCUAAAUCUAAAAGUGAGAACAUGUUUUGCCAUUUCCUUCAUAAAAUGUUAUUUUUAAAGCUCACAAACCUCAACCUGUAACAGAAACAGUGAGUCAUGGGGUGGUCUUAGGCUGAGAAUAAACUUGCUGUUUAACGUUUACGUUUGCAACCGCCUGCAUUUUGAAUUGUUUACAUACCUGCUCGUGUACUAUGCUUCUUCAGCUGGUUGACUUUCUGUUGGUCUUCUUUUGUGUAAUUGUUUUUUAAUUUUGUCAUUUUGCUGAAAAUGAAAUAAAGAGAAACCCAAAG